ACUCGUUCGUCUUGGUUAUCAGUCAUCAUGUAUAAAGGGCAAACGGACUAUUCAGCUGAUUGUUGGGUUCAGGCACGGACGGACGUCUUCAAAGGUUCUUGAGGAACAGCAAUCAGCAGACGCAGCGCAAACAUGGGCAAGAAACUGGACGCUCUACUUGGAAGAACCUUCAAGGCGUCCAAGUUCAAAGCUCUUGUUAACCUUGCCAUCUCUCGCCUCGCCGUGCUGAAGAACCAGCGUGAGGUCCGUGGCUCCCAAGCCCGGUCAGACGUCGUCCACCUCCUCAACCUCGGCCACCAUGAACGUGCUCUCCUUCGGGUUGAGCAAGUGAUCAAGGAGCAGAACAUGUUGAACGUGUUUGUUAUGAUUGAAGGAUACUGCCAUCUCUUGAUGGAAAGAGUCGUCCUCAUUGAGAAUAACAAACAAUGCCCUGAUGAGUUGAAGGAGGCGAUAUCAAGCUUGAUUUUUGCUGCUUCCAGAUGUGGGGAGUUCCCGGAGCUCCAAGAGCUUCGUGCCAUCUUCACAUCAAGAUUUGGCAAGGAAUUUGCUGCCCGAGCAGUCGAGUUACGCAACAAUUGUCAGGUGAAUCCUAAGAUCAUACAGAAGAUGUCCACACGACAGCCAAAUUUGGAGAGCAGAUCGAAGGUGCUAAAAGAAAUUGCUUCGGAGAACGGGAUCAGUCUUCAUCUCGAGGAAGUUUCUUCUGAUACGAACAAACAAGAGAGAAUGGACCAGGAACAGAAGCAGAACCAUCACAAGCCUGACUUUUCUGCUAACCUGGAAGGUGCUAAGCUGGAAGAGAACAUACAUAGUUGGACCGAUGAUAUAGAAAAGGAUGAGCAAUUUUCUGGAUCAAUGAGAGCAAGGAAGAAAUACAGAGAUGUUGCUACUGCAGCUCAAGCUGCUUUUGAAUCCGCAGCUUUUGCGGCAGCUGCAGCAAGAGCCGCCGUGGAACUCUCCCGGUCUGAAUCCCAUGACAAAGAUCCCGAUGACCAUAGCGGUUCUACUCCUCGAUGGAGGAAUGAAUUAUAUACCGAUGGAUCGUCCAGAGCUGAAGUUGGGGUUCCCAGUGGGAGUUCUACUGCAAGGGAGGAUGAAGUUGAACGGUUGACUGCUGAGUUGGCUUCUGAGAAGAUUCAUCCUGUUGAUGAUUCUGGUUCUCAAUCGGAAAGUGAAGAACUUAAGAGCAACUAUGGGAAAAUUAAUCCAGAAGAAUUCAAAGAGAGUAAAAACAAAUCGGAAUUAGAGAGAUCACCAUCUGAUUCCAGUGCGGACUCAGAUGGUGAUGAUGAGGGAAGGACUGAACAAGGUGCAAUUCUAUGGGUAAGGCACUCUUACCUAGGUUUUAAUUGGAAGUCAAGAUUGCCAGAAGUUGGAGCCCCAAAAGUACGAAAAUUGAAUGCCACGAGCAAUGAAUCUUACUCAGAAGACAGUAGCGGUGGUAAGCUUGAUUUUCCAACCCAGAAGAGCCCACUAAAGUACCAAUCUGAUCUGCUUAUGAACGCAGAGAUAAGUAAGUCAGGAUCUGGAUAUGAAGAUGUUCCCAUGUCAUAUUCUGGUUUAGGAACAUCUCGGUUUGAAACUACGCAUAAACUGGAUUCAGAUGGGCAAAUCUCUCCACAUGAUCUGAACAUAGAAAAGAGGCCCGUCUCUGUGAGGACCAGAGGUACAUAUCGGUGGUAAGACCUAAGACGUAAACAGAGUAAGAGCCAAUAAUUUGUUCUAGGGGCUUCAAAUAUUCAGUUAUGGUCUAUUGUGACUUGCGGUAUGGAGCUUUGUAUUAUCUGUAACAUUUAUGAAUAUGUGAAGUUUAAUGUGAAUGCUUUGCAAGGA